AUGGUGAGUUUUGAUGUGCAGUCUCUGUUCACAUGCCUACCUGUUGAAGACUGCAUCUCGAUUGUUACUAGAAGGCUAGAGGAAAACAACAUGCCCGUAGAAUAUGCAGAAUUACUCAGACACUGCCUUACAUCUGGCUACCUAUUGUGGAAGGAGGAGUUCUACAAGCAAGUAGAUGGUGUGGCGAUGGGCUCACCUGUAUCUCCCAUUGUUGCCGAUAUAUUCAUGGAGGACUUUGAGGAGAAAGCCCUGCUUACUUCUCCCAUAAAGCCAAGAUUCUACAAGCGGUACGUAGACGACACUUUCACAAUUCUACCUUUAGAUAAAGUAACUGCAUUUUUAGACCAUCUUAACUCCUUAAAUUCUAAAAUUCAGUUCACAAUGGAGUUAGAGGCAAACAAUUCUUUAGCUUUUCUAGAUGUGUUAGUAAUUCGGAAUCCUGAUAACACCUUGAGCCACACUGUGUAUAGAAAAAAGACCCAUACAGAUAGAUAUUUAAACGGUGAUUCUCACCACCAUCCUUCACAGUUAGCUACCGUGGGUAAAUCUUUGUUUCAGAGAGCACGAGGGAUCUGUGACAGUAAACACCUGGCCGCCGAGCUCCAACACGUCAAGCAAGUUUUGCACGACAAUAAGCUUCGGGUCCCGCGCCUACGUCACAGUGAACGAGUGAAGCCGGCCACAGUCGAGCGAGUGCCUGCUGUACUGCCAUAUGUCAGAGGUGUCACUGACAAGAUUGGCUACAUCUUGAAGCGUGCUUCCAUUAAAACAUAUUUCAAGCCGCCGAAGAAGAUUAGUCAGUUUUUACCAUCAGUCAAGUGUAAUAUUCCUCUGCAAGAUGCAGGAGUGUACAAGCUGGAUUGUGAAUGUGGUCUCUCUUAUAUAGGACAAACUAAAAGAUCCAUAAAAACCCGCGUUAAAGAACACAUAGCUGAUGUGAAGAAUAGACGCUCCGGGAAGUCUGCAGUCUGUGAACACGUACAGGAUCGCCCCCGUCACUACAUUAGAUUUGAUAGACCACAAAUCCUCGCUAAAGAACACCGAUUCCUCCCAAGGAUGAUUCGCGAGGCUAUUGAAAUCAAAAAACAUCCUAAUUUCAAUAGAGAAGAUGGCUGGGUGCUACCAUCUGCUUGGGAUCCCAUAAUUAAUAAAAUUAAAUCCCAACCCAAGCAUACAACUGCAAGACUUCAUGAUACUGUAAGUUCAUACUGCGUAGAUCGGAACAAAAAUUAA